GGAAGAUAAAGUGAAGUAACAAACAGUGUCGGCAUAAAUCUCAACGAUUGUCAAUAAACUUCACCAUUAUUAUCUUCCUUCUUAUCAUUUUUCUUGUACCAGUGAACCAGAAUAUGGACAUUUCAAAUGCCAGUAAAGCGUCAGAUUAUGACAGAGCCGAAGAGCUUAAGAUCUUUGAUGCCACAAAAGCUGGAGUUAAAGGAUUAGUAGACUCUGGGAUUGUGAAAAUUCCCAGGAUAUUCAUUCGACCAGCGGAUGAACUAGCCCAGGAGAAGUUGACCAGUCAUCAACACAACUUUCAAGUACCGGUCGUAGAUCUUGAUGGCAUCAAAGACGACAGGCUCAAGGAGAUUGUUGAUGAGGUCCGGGUUGCAUCCGAGACAUGGGGAUUCUUUCAAGUUGUGAAUCAUGGGAUCCCCUUAACUGUGUUAGAAGAAGUGCUUCAUGGGGCACGAAAAUUCCAUGAACAAGACCUUGAGUUGAAGAAAGAGUUAUAUUCUCGUGAUCCAAAGAGAGGCGUCAUAUUCUUCAGCAAUCCAGAUCUGUAUCGAUCUCCAACUGCUAAUUGGAGGGAUACUUUGGUUAUUUCUACUUUAGCUUCGAAGCAAUUUGAUCCAAGUAAGAUACCAGAAGUCUGCAGAGACAGUUUAAUGGCGUAUAUAAGAACUAUUUCAAAGCUGGGGAACACUCUAUUUGAACUGUUAUCGAUGGCUUUAGCGCUGAAACCUGAACAUUUAAAAGAGAUGGGAUGCACUGAAGGAUUUAAUAUAUCUUGCCUCUACUAUCCAUCGUGCCCCCAGCCAGAUCUCACCUUGGGAGCUACCAAACACACUGAUCCUUCAUUCUUUACUAUAGUUUUGCAAGACCAAAUCGGUGGUCUUCAAGUCUUCCAUGAAAAUCAGUGGGUUAAUGUUGAACCCAUUGCUGGAAGCUUGGUGGUAAAUAUAGGGGACUUUCUCCAGGUUAUAUCGAACAACAAGUUUAAAAGUGUUGACCACAGAGUCCUCGCCAGUGGAUUUGUUCCAAGGAUUUCUGUAGCAUGCUUUUUUACUGGACAUGCUACUGGAACCCCAAAGCUCUAUGGACCAAUUAAAGAGUUAACAUCAGAUGAAAAUCCACCUGUUUACAGGGAAUUUCUUGUUUCUGAAUAUUUCAACUUAUAUUUUGCUAAGGUAGUUGGUGAUAAGUCUGUUCUUUGUCAAUUCAAGCUGUGAAGAGGGAGAAUACUUGAAUAAAGUUUGUAAAUCUUGUACGAAUUAUUAAUAGGAUCAUAUUUGAAUAAUGUUUGCAACUUUAAUACAAACAA